CAUUACCGGCAGGCUGCUUUCUUUCACAAUGCUACUCUGACCGAAGUAUCGUCGUUUGAAAUGUGCAUUUUUCUCUGAACAGUCUUCUUCUCGCUUGUAACUGGUUUGGUUUUCACAUACGAAGGGAUUUUGCCAAGGUGGAGCAUAUUAAUUUGAUGGCAGCAUAAGCUGCUGCCCUGCAUUGUAUCCCAUAGGGACGAGAAGUAUCUCAGAUGUCCACAUGAGGAAACCCAUUUAAAGGAAGUGCCUGUGUGCCAAGCCUUUUGCUGCUCCUUUGGAAUGGAAUCACUACUGUGUGACAGGAAGUCUACUAACCAUGCUUGUGCCAUUGACGCCCCCGGCCGGCCUUCAUGGCCCAGGUGUCACUGUGCACCCAGGCAGCAGGCGAAGGACCCUGAAGGGCAGGAAUCUGGAACAGAAGGCUGCAAAGGGGGCGGGGACCACGAGGCGGGAGAGAUGAACCUGUGGAGCGAAAUCAAGCGCAAGUCCCACAACAUCAGGGCAAGGCUGGAGGCCUUCUCAGACAACAGCGGGAAGCUGCAGCUCUCCUUGCAGGAGACCAUCGACUGGCUGACACUAAAGGACGAGGAGCUCUCAGAGCAGCUGCCCGUAGGGGGCGAUGUGGAGACCGUCCAACAGCAGAGCGAGUUCCACCAGGCCUUCGUGGAGGAUGUGAGGUCCAGGGGUCCCAUUAUCUACUCGGUGCUGGAGUCGGCUCAGGCCUUUCUGUCACAGCACCCCUUCACCGAAGCAGAGGAGGCGCUCGCUGACUGCAAAGAUGUCUCAUCGCCGAGACGAAUCCAGAACGUCAGCCGCUCGGUGUGGAAGCAGGCCAGCGUGGUCAGCGACCUGUGGGAGAAGCUGACGGCGCGCUGCCUGGACCGCCAUCGGCACAUGGAGCGCACACUGGAGAGGCUGUUGGAGGUGCAGGGCGCCAUGGGGGAGCUGUGCGCAGCGCUGGACCAGGCCGAGGAAGUGAGGGACGCCUGGGAGCCUGUCGGGGACCUCUUCAUCGACUCGCUGCAGGAUCACAUCGACGCCACCAAGCUGUUCAAGGACGAGCUGACUCAGGUGAAUGAGGCCAUGAAGCAGACCAAUGACCUGGCGCACCAGCUGGCCACCUCCAACGUCCACCUGUCCGUGGAGAACGCGCGCGCCUUGGAGCACCUCAACAGCCGGUGGAGGCUGCUGCAGGGUUCUAUUGAGGAGAGACUGAAGCAGCUGCAGGAUGCCCACAGAGACUUUGGACCUGGAUCCCAGCAUUUCCUGUCCAGUUCCGUGCAGAUUCCAUGGGAACGCGCCGUCUCCCCUAACAAGGUGCCGUACUACAUCAACCAUCAUGCUCAGACAACCUGCUGGGAUCACCCAAAGAUGACAGAGCUGUACCAAGCACUGGCCGAUCUGAACAAUGUCAAGUUCUCGGCGUACCGGACGGCCAUGAAGCUGCGGCGGGUGCAGAAGGCCUUGCGAUUGGACAUGCUGAGCCUGGGCAGCUUGACGGACGUGUUCCGCGAGCAGGAGCUGCAGCACGGCGAGCACGUGAUGGACGUGGUGGACGUCAUCCGGGUGCUCACCGGCCUGUACGAGCGGCUGGAGGAGGAGCGCGGGGUCCUGGUCAACAUCCCGCUGUGCGUGGACAUGUGUCUCAACUGGCUGCUCAACGUGUACGACAGUGGCCGGAAUGGGAAGGUGAGAGUUCUGUCCUUCAAGACCGGGCUGGUGUGCCUGUGCAAUGUGGAUGUUCAGGAAAAAUACAAAUAUCUGUUCCGCCAAGUGUCGGGGCCCGGUGGGCUGAUGGACCAGCGCCACCUCAGCCUCCUGCUGCACGAAGCCGUCCAGAUCCCUCGGCAGCUGGGCGAGGUCGCGGCCUUCGGGGGCAGCAACGUGGAGCCCAGUGUGAGCAGCUGCUUCCGCAUGGCCCCAGGGAAGCCGGCCAUUGAGGUGUCCCACUUCCUGGAGUGGAUGAGCCUGGAGCCGCAGUCGCUGGUGUGGCUGCCCGUCCUGCACCGUGUGGCUGCAGCAGAGUCUGCCAAGCACCAGGCAAAGUGCUCUGUCUGCAAGCAGUGCCCCAUCAAGGGCUUCAGGUAUCGUAGCCUUAAGCAGUUCAAUGUGGAUAUAUGCCAGACCUGCUUCUUGACGGGCCGCACCUCCAAGGGAAAGAAGCUCCACUAUCCCAUCAUGGAGUACUACACUCCGACCACCUCUGGGGAGAAGAUGCGAGACUUUGCCAAGACUCUGAAGAACAAGUUCCGAUCCAAGCAGUACUUCAGCAAGCACCCGCAGAGAGGCUACCUGCCCGUGCAGUCUGUCCUGGGGGCUGAAAGCGCAGAGACGCCCAGCUCCUCCCCCAAGCUUCCCCAUGCGGACACUCACUCCAGGAUUGAGCACUUUGCCAGCAGACUGGCCGAGAUGGAAAAUCAAAAUUGUUCCUUCUUCACUGACAGCCUCUCGCCUGAUGAAAGCCUGGAUGAAGACCAGUACUUCCUGCCACGUUCUAGCCCUGCCAUGGAGCAUGACUCCCUGACCGGUCAGCACCUCCUGGGCAACAUCAACUGCGAGGACAGGGACGAGCUGCAGAGGACGCUGGCCCGUCUGGAGAAUGAGAACAGGAUCCUGCAGGGGGAAUACCGGCGGCUGAAGUGGCAGCAUGCGGAAACUGCAGCCUCUCCUCAGCUAGUGGAGGGUGCGUCCCUGGGUCAAGAGGACCAGGAGCUGCUGGCAGAGGCCCGGGUCCUGAGGCAGCACAAGUCCCGGCUGGAGACCCGCAUGCAGAUCCUGGAGGAUCACAACAAGCAGCUGGAGUCUCAGCUCCAUCGACUCCGAGAGCUGCUGCUGCAGCCUAAAGGGGAUUCAGAGACAAAUUCUGUGCCGUCAUCAGUGUCUUCUCCUGUAUCUGCAAGUGGCCACCAGGGGGAGCAGCCGAGCAGAGGAACCCCAGACACAGAGGCCACAGGCGCAGAUGAACAUGAUGAGGAGGACACUGUGCUACAGCUCCAGCAGGUGAUUGACCAACUGAGGAACGUUUUCCCUGAGCACGGCACUGCAUGACACGUCUAACCCUGGGCGUGGCCUGGAAUUUGCAACGCUGCCCACUAGGCUGGGUCCUGUGGGCUGUCCUUAUCCAGGAGCGCAUCCCCAGCGGAUCACACACAGCUACAUCCGUGCGUCCAAGCGGAAGACCACCACGGAUCGUUCUUUGCACUAACCUCCCGGACUGCCCAGACCGAGGGCGUGUCUGCACAGAUGCUGUGCUAGCCUGCCGUUUGCCAUCGUGCCAGGUCAAGCUUUAACCAGUGCAGCACAAAUGCCUAGAUAAGGCUUUCGCCAAUGCACAAGGGUUUCGGUUUGCAUGUGCCCGAGCUCACUCACACCACAGUGUUUGGUAACACCCUCAGCUAACGUGUUAGUGUAACUCCCUUCUUUCGUUUACCUGUCGGCUCACGCAAACUCUUUCAGGUUCCGUUUGGGCCCACGCUGCCUUGUGUUGAACGGCCCCGCAAAGAGGAACUGAUCACCAGGCGCCAGGGAAGCUUCAUGUGAGCUUGUUUCUUGGGCCAUCCCUCUGUAUAAACCACAAUUUAUUCAUAACAGCCACAGUGCCUGGGAGAGGGAUUGCUCCCUUGCUCCAGCCACUGUUAUCUUGUGAAGCUGGGUGUCUCAUGUGGUCAAUCUGUCAGGGUCACAGGGAGUUCUUCCUGUUCACUCUCUCUCUCUCACACACACACACACACAAAGGAACUGGCAAGGAAGUAGAAACGGCAGUUUUCUGGCAGUUUGUUUUUUGCCACAGGAGUGUCUGAGAAAGUCUUGCGGUGAAGGUCAUUUGUGCACAGUAUGUAGCUGUGAAAGCAUAGGCCAGUGGACAGCAUGUCCCUACUGCAAGAUGCAGCUUAACAGAAAAUAAACCCAGAAACUCACUCUGGACCUACUGUGGACUGCCCCCAUCCAAGCCUCCAAACAGAUACAGUAUUUAUGACAGGCUUCUGGCUUGCAUUCUAAUUUUGUCUUCACAUUGGGCAGAAAGCUGGGCGAAAGAGGCAAUCUGUUGCCAGGAAACAGAUUUUUAACAGCUAACUUAAUAAAUCCAUGCAAGCUGGAGUGUUUUGCUUCUUUGUGGUUGGAAUCAAGUGGGCUUUUGAUAAUUUCUUUGCUUUGUUUUAUUCAUUACAAAAUUUGCGUAUUUGAUUAAAUGCUUUUCACUGUUCUAUUCCUCAGACAGAAAUGGUAAAGAAUUAUGUAACAAUGUAAAAUGUAUGUCACACAUUGUGAAGUGCAAGUUGUUAAGGGCCAGGCAGUCUGGGGUCAUUAGAGGGUUAUAACGAAAGACAUGGUUCUGUUGGCAUACAUUUUCUUUUAAACCUGGAUGAGAGAGAGAGAGGGAAGUAAUUGUGAAAGGGCACACCAGAAGAGGUAUGAUAUGUAUGAUUAGUUCAAGGGGAGAUAGCUAAGACAUAGGAAACAUAUUUUCAGAUGGUGCUACAGCUCAGAGGUACGUGACUUAAUAAAGGACAUCUCAAUUUCUGUGCAGUAAUUGAGAGCUGUUCAACGUUCCUGUAAUGCAUCCUAACAGAUGUUUUGACUUGAACAUUUACAUUUGGUUUCAGAUUGAGAUCAGAUUGAUGCUUGUAUCACUUCCUGCUUCGAUUUUUUCUUUGGGGAAGUAUUCACAUCAGUCCACUCUGCAGCACUAUUGGCUGCUUGUUUGAAUUCAGUUGCUUGGAAACCGUCCCUGCAGAUGCUGGUCAAUGUUUUGCCAGGGGCUGGGGGGUGGAAUGAUUAAUCCUGGUAUGGCCAAAUUACCAUAUGCGAAGAAAACCUGAGAACUGGUCUGCCUCCUUGCCAGCUACACAUCCCUGCUAAUUACCGUAAUUAUUUAUCAAAAUCUAAAACUGCUACUUUCACAAGGGAAAGAGGUUUUUCAUAUCUGUAUUAUGUUGGUGUAAGAAGCAGAACAUGCCUUUACAUUUUCAAAACAUAACUACUUAUUUUCUAAUUAUAUUCCUUAUACAUUAGUGUGUUCCUCAAUAUUGUUUAUUCAACCAAAUACAGUAUGUGCCACAAUGUAGAAUGCCCAUGACUGAUCUAUACCCUACAGUUUACUUUACUUCUGCUAAAGAAGCAGUCCAAUGUAUGUACAGUGCAGUCUGUAAGUAUUUGGACAGUGAAACUAUUUUUAUUGUUUUGGCUUCGUACUCCAACACAUUGGACUUGAAAUGUAACGAAACAAUAAAUAUGACAUUAAAUUGUCAGCUUCAAUUGAAGUGUACUUACUUAGGGGACCAAAGUAAUCGGACAAAUUAACAUAAUCUUUAAAAAAUCACAUUUAGCACUUGGUUUCAAAUCCUUCAUUUGAUGACUGCCUAAAGUCUGAGACACAUAGACAUCACCAGAUGCUGGGUAUCGUGCCUGGUGAUGCUCUGCCAGGCCUGUAAUGCAGCCAUCUUCAGUUCCUAUUUGUUUCGGGGGAGUUUUGCCUUCUGUCUUGUUUUCAGCAAGUGAAAUGCAUGUUCACUUGGUUGGAGUUGUUAUCUUACUGCAAGGUAAUGUGGCAUCCAAUGAGCUUUAAGGCAUUUAGUUAAAUCUGAUCAGAUGUUUCUGUACACUUCUCAGAAUUCAUCUUGCUGCUGCCGUCAGCAGUCACAUCAUCAAUAAAGCCAAGUGAGCCAGUUUCAGUGCCAGCCAUACAUGCCCAAACCAUAGCACUACCUUCCACCAUGUUUCAAACAUGAGGGGGUAUUUUGGAUCACGAAUAUAUCCUUUCUUUCUCUUUACUUUGGUGCAGAUUAAUAAUAAUCUUCCAUAAGAGUUUGUUCCAGAACUCAACAGUUUUUUAAUAUACUUUUUUUUUUUUGCAAACUCUAAUGUGACCGUUCUGUUCUUGAGGCUGUGGAAAAGUGGUUUUUCUUCACAACUGAAAGUGUUCUUUGGUCAUCCACUACAAUGGUCUUCUGUGGUCUACCAGGUUGUUUGCCAUUGCUGCGCUCACCAGUGCAUUCUUGCUUCUUCACAAUGUACCAAACAGUUGAUUUUGACACACCCAGUGCUUAGGCUUUGUCUCUGAUGAAUUGAUUCAGAUUUUUCCACCCAUUGAUGGCCUGCUUUAUUGACAUUGACACUUCUUUGGUCCUCAUGUUGAGAGACAACAGCAGCAGACUCCAAAUGCAAAUUCUACAGCUGGAAUCAUCUCUAGACCUUUUGUCAGUUUUUUUUUUUGCGCAUGAACUGAUGAGGUAACAACACACAGCUGGCCAAGAAUCAGCUGUGCACCCAAUUGUCCAAUUACUUUGGGUCUCCCAAUAAAAGGAGGACUAUGUAUAAGAAGGGCUACACACACAUCGCUACUGCAAUUCCUACAUGGUUCCGCAGAUACGGAUGAAAAUAUCCUCAAAUUAAAGCUGACAGUCUGCACUUUGACCUCAUAUUCAUUGUUUCAUUUCAAAUCCAAAGUGCUGGAGUACAGAGCCACAAAUAACUCUUGCAAAUAACGCUUGUAUUCACAAGCUGGGUGAAUAAUAAUAAUAAUAAUAAUAAUACUUUGCAUUUGUAUAGUGCUUUUCUCACACCCAGAGCACUUCACAGUAAUGAGGGGCAAACUCACCUCAACCACCACCAUUGUGUGCCACCCAACCGGCUGAUGCCUGGCAGCCACUUCGCAGCACAGCACUCACUGAAUGACUGGUACAGCAAAAACAAUAUUGUGCUCUUCUGCUAAGAGUGUUUCCUCAUAAAAAGCACUUAAUCCUGCAGCUUUUAGUGCCCAUCCGGAUCCACCCACAUCACCACUCCUUUGUUACCUUUGUUUUUACGGUGAUUCUCGUCUGAUGCAGUUAUAGCUCACUCCAGGAUUACAGUUGCGCUACAUCCCACCAGAAACACAGGUGUUUGAAAACUGUGCAGAAUAUGUAAUAUACACCCUGAAGCUAAUUACUGUCUCCAUAUGCAUAAACAUAUUUACCUGCAUUAAAUGAUUUAAUUGGAUGUUUCAGACCUAAACGCUAUGGCUAGUUCUAAAGAGUGAUCCUUGUGCUAACUAGUUUUUCCUCGAACUCACUGUGUCAAUGAACCAUUCACAUUCUUGUGUUCAGAAUGGAUAUUGCCAGUGGAUGUCACUGGCUUCGUUUGUUUUUCAUACUUUGAAGGAAGCCUGCUUGGACAGACCUGAAACAUGGCUUUUUACUUUUAAUGUCUUUUAGCUCUGACCUCCCCAUCUCACAUUUUGAAAACAUAAUUUAUUUGCAGUGAGCUCCAUAAUGUUUGGGACAAAGACAUUUGACUGACCAAGUACACUUUAACCACAUGUGAAUUGUUUGAUUACAGAUAUAAAAUUGUGGA